UAUUUAUUGAGCGUCUAUAAGCAAACAGCACUUGCCUACAUUGUAGGGAUGGAGGAGGUUCCGGCAAAAAAUAAAUAAAAUAAGUUAUGUUGUAUAGUACAAAUCUGAAUGAGGGGAGGAAGGUAGUCUAUAAGUGUUUGAGGGAAGAGCAUUGAGGGUAAAGAGAACGGCGAAUGCAAAGGCCCUGAAGGGUAUGUUUGAGGAACAGCAAACCAGAGAGUGCAGGGGAAACUGGGAGGUAGACCUUAAUGAUCUGCAUAGGUCAUUGUAUGGAUUUGGGCUAUUUACCUUAAGUGAAAUGGAGAGUACUGCAGGAUUCUAAGCAGAAGAGCUGAUUAUCAAAUAUUUAGGAUGCUAACAGGCUCAGCAUUAAGUGUGUACAGGUGAAUUGUUCCCUGGGUUUAUAAUCUAGUGGGGAAACAGGCAGCUGUCAUGCAAGGCUGGGUCAGAUAGUUGGAGCCCCAUGAAAGCUGAACGAAUGUCAUCCCCAAGUCCCCAGGAUGUACUGUUCUGUCAGGUGCUUAGUAACUUUGUUGAAUGAAAGUAAGGAAUAGUCCCAGUAUUCAGCACUGGACCCAUAAUGGAGGCUCAGAAAAGAUUUUGAAUGAAGAAACGGGAAAUAAAUGAAAUCUCACUUCUUAAUACUGUUACAAUGGCAAUUAAAUUUCAACCUGAAUGUGAGAGGGGGACAAACAUUCAAACCAGAGCAGCAGUCAGAUUCAUACAGAUAGGAAAUGUAAAGGUGCUGCCAGGAUUGGGUAAUGGAGAGUUACAUAAAGGUCACAGAGUUUCACUUUAGGAAGAUGAACAAGCUCUGGAGAUGGACGGUGGUGAUGGUGGCAAACAAUGUGGAAGCUCUUAGUGUGUUUUUAGCUGCACAUUUACAAAUGGUUAGAAUGGUAAUUCCUAUGUCAAAAAAAAAAAAAAAAAAAAAAAGCUAAAUCUGGGCGUAGAUAAUGUCCCACACAGAUUGAGCAGAUCUCUGCUUCUGUGAUAUCCAACUUCACCUUUGCUUUCUGAGGAUCCCUAGGUGGCAAUCACCUAAUUAGUAUUUACUGAGCUUCCAUUCUGUUCCGGGCCUUAUGCCAGUUAACAGAGAUACAAAGAUACAAAAGAGUUGGGCUCUGCCUUCAGGAGUGUUAGCUUGUUUUAUUACUCUUCUGGUGGUGGUUGGAGUUGUUUUUAUUUGAUUUUCAAGAUUAUUGCAUCCCAAGUUCCUGGUCUAAGAAACAUUCUCAGGGACUCCAGAGAUUUGGAGAAGCAUGAGGUAAAACGAGGGGAAAAGAAAGGAAGGGAGUGGGAGUGGUGGCGGUAAAUUUCAGUUCAGUUCAACAAAAAAUAAACAUUGCUGUUUUCAAGGAACUAUAAUGUGAACUCUUCAGUGUUUAGGUAAAUGUAGGUAUAAGCCCUCCUACAAAGGAAUUCAGUUUGAUAGGAGAGAAAAUACCAGCACAGACUUUCCAGUUUUUAAAAACAACAGUGGAAGUCUGUAGCUCCUAGGAUCUCCUAUCCUUGAUCUGUUUUCUCCUCCUCAGCGAGACUACCUGCAGAGAGAGCUCUAGAUCCGCUGCCUCCCAGUCAUUCCCCAACAGGCCCCGGCAUACCGGAGGAGCUCAGUGGAAUGUUUAUGAACUAAUGAAUGGUCAACACAGUCUGGUUGAAAGAACAGAGGACUAAGCACAUGGACUGGAGAUUGGAAGGGAGUACUCAGAGAGUAGAGUCACCUGUGCUGCAGGGGGAAGAAGGCCUCCUAGAGGAGGAGACAGGUGAAGAUGGACUUCCUGAAGGCUUCCAGCUUCUGCAGAUUGAUGCGGAAGGCGAGUGCCAGGAGGGAGAGACCCUGGCCACAGGCAGUACAGCAUGGUGCUCGAAAAAUGUCCAGAGAAAACAGAGACACUGGGAAAAGAUAGUUGCAGCAAAGAAGAGCAAAAGAAAGCAAGAAAAAGAGCGAAGAAAAGCCAAUCGUGCAGAAAAUCCAGGCAUCUGUCCCCAGCACAGCAAACGUUUCCUGAGAGCUCUAACCAAAGAGAAACUUUUGGAAGCCAAACACUCAGGACCAAGACUGUGUAUCGAUUUGAGUAUGACCCACCACAUGUCGAAGAAGGAAUUGAGUAGACUGGCUGGACAGAUUCGAAGGUUGUAUGGUUCAAACAAAAAAGCUGACAGGCCAUUUUGGAUCUGCCUCACUGGAUUCACAAUAGACAGUCCCCUUUAUGAAGAGUGUGUGAGGAUGAAUGAUGGAUUUUCUAGUUACCUGCUAGAUAUAAAAGAAGAAGACUGCUUUAGUUUAUUUCCUCUGGAAACCCUUGUGUACCUGACUCCUGACUCAGAACAUGCUCUUGAAGAUGUUGAUCUAAACAAAGUUUACAUCCUCGGUGGGCUUGUGGAUGAAAGCAUUCAGAAGAAGGUGACAUUUCAAAAGGCCUGGGAGUACUCUGUCAAGACCGCACGCUUGCCAAUCCAGGAAUACAUGGUCAGAAACCAGAAUGGGAAAAACUAUCAUUCAGAGAUCCUGGCCAUCAAUCAAGGUACUUCUUACACAGCUCCCAUCCAGCAUGUUGUUUGAUAUCCUGUCGACUUACUUAGAGACUCGCAACUGGCCUGAAGCAUUGAAGAAAGGAGUUACUUCAGGAAAAGGCUAUGUUCUUCGGAAUUCAGUGGAAUGAUGGGCC